AUGAAGGCCUUCCGUUCACUCUCUCUGCUCACAGCCAUGGUAGUUGCAGGUUGUUCACGUCUCCAAGACAGGGAUUCUGCAGCGCCUAACUUUCCCGGUAUACAAUUUGGCGCAGAUGGCGAAUUAUCGAUCACUGUCUUCAGUGACCUACACUUCGGCGAGCCUGCCUCUGCCCGUAACAGACCCAAUUCUGACGUGAAGACCGUCUGCGUCAUGAGCUCAAUCCUCGACAACGAGAAACCGAAUCUUGUAGUUCUCAACGGAGACCUCACAUCUUGCGAAUGGGUCGCUCCAGAGGAUGCAAACAAGUUGAUCGAUCAAAUCAUCGCUCCAUUGACCAGUCGAAAUUUACAGUUCGCUGCUACUUUUGGUAACCACGACGCAUCACAAACCUGCGACACUAGGUCCAUGUCUGAGCACAUGUGGCGGGACGCCCGAGGUACGAAUGGUAGGAAGCUGUCAUUCACAACGAGCUCCGUGGAAGGUGAUGCGAGUAAAGUUGGGACGAGCAACUACUUUAUCCCUGUGUACGGCUCCAAGGAUUCUCGUGAUUUGAAGAUGUUGCUGUGGUUCUUCGAUAGUAAGGGCGGACGUGUCUUUCAGCCUGGGAAAGGUGAUGCUCCACUGGACAACUGGGUCGACGAGAAGGUUGUUGCAUGGUUCACUCAGAAGAGCAGCGAAUUCCAUCACCAGCACGGUCGCGUCAUUCCAAGUCUAGCUUUCGUCCACAUCCCGGUACACGCGACGUACUCGUUUCAACAGCAUGGCGGACUGAUAGCCACCCACGAGCCAGGUCUGAAUGAAGAGUUGAUCGAGCAGCAAGGUGAAAAGUGCGAUAGCUCUGGAAGCAACUGCAGCUACAACGGCGCCGACGCACCAUUUAUGAAAGCGCUAGUCGAGACCGAAGGGCUAAUGGCUGUAUUUUCAGGCCAUGAUCAUGGAAUUGACUGGUGUAUGAAGUGGUCCAAGCCCCUACCCAACACAUCGCCGUCCAACGGGAAUGGGCUCAACCUCUGCUUCAAUCGGCACUCCGGCUACGGCGGCUACACCGACUGGACCCGUGGCGCACGACAGAUUAUGGUCAAAGAAGACAAGCUUGGAAAGAACGAAGUCGAGACUUGGAUCAGACUUGAGGAUGGCAAUAUCUCUGGGCGCGUAAUGCUGAAUUCGACGUUUGGAACGGAUAGAUAUGAGGAAUUCCACUUCAAUGAGCAAGGCGACGUCUUCAGCAAGGAUGAAGACAACUCUGCAGACCAAAAAGAUCGCAUCUCCCAUGACAAGCAGCAAGUCCAAUGCGCGGUCUACAUCGCCCGUUACCCAGCCAACGACGCAGGUAUCGAGGCACAGAUGAUUGACGGAGAUCUUGACAGCGAACUUUCUUGA